GCCAAUGCCAUUCGCAGAGUCAUAGUGCUGCCGCGCAGCUGCACAAGGAGCCAAUACCAAGCUGAAAUCCAUUCGAAGGAUUCCCGGGUCCUGAGUUUCCCGGCAAGCGCAACUCGCCAAAUUUACCGCCAAUUUUGUUGCCGGGAAGCAUGAAUCGGCUAGCGGCGGAAGGGAAGGUGAUCGUCGCCGUGAAAGCGGAGAAAGUGAUCUCGAAGACCGCGUUAGCUUGGGCUCUCACUCACGUGGUUCGCCCUGGAGAUUGCAUUACUCUGCUCGCGGUUCUCUCCGCCCGCAAAACUGGUAGGCGGCGAUCGUUCUGGAGCCUCCCGAGGCUGACCGGAGAUUGCGGGACCGUCGGCUCGGAAAAGUUGCCGGAGCGAAUAUCUCAGAUCUCGAAAUCUUUCUCUCAGAUGGUUCUUCAACUUCAGAGUCAGAUCGAGGUUAGAGUGCAGAUUAAGGUGGUACCAGGUACACCCAGCGGUGGCGUGGCCGCCGAAGCAAAGAGAAAUGCUGCCAGCUGGGUCAUAUUGCACAAAAAACUGAAGCAGGAGCAGAAGCAUUGCUUAGAGGAACUUCACUGUAACAUCGUAGUAAUGAAAGGUUCUCAACCAAAAGUCCUUAGGCUGAAUCUAGAAUGCUCAGAUGAACUCCAAACCCCCUUCUUUUCUGCUGCUUCUUCACCUGGUUUGGAUGUCGAGAAGUUCCAGCAACACAGGGUGAAGCAUUCUACUCCUGUAAGCAGCCCCGAAGAACCAAGCACUUCCUACACUAGAACAACACGAGAAAAUUCAUUAUCCAGCCCAGACACAGUGGCUUCUCUUUUUCUUGUCUAUGAACAAAAUCCACUUUUUGAAAUACCAAAGAAGGGAAACUACAGCCCAAGUAAUAGACGAAAUGACUCGACUGAUCUACUUAGAGGACUUGACAAGGAUGGGGACUCAACAAGAUUGCAGUCGGCUAUAACUAAUAAUCAUAAGUCUGUAUUCUGGAUUCCCCAAAAUCAUACUGCCAAUGUAAAAGUCCCAGCACGAAGGAAUUACAGAAAUACCCGGACUACCAACUUCCCCCCUACCAGGAGUCUAGUUGAUGUACAGUUUAACCAGGAAAUGAUUGGGCCCAACCGAGCUCAGGACAGAGACUACGUUUUCAACUCAACCAUCAGACAGGCAGUCUCUUUAGGCAGAACUUCCUCAAUUCCUCCACCUCUGUGUUCAAUAUGUCAGCAUAAAGCACCAGCUUUUGGGAAACCUCCAAGACAAUUUGAUUACAAAGAACUUAAGGAAGCUACAGAUGGUUUCUCUGAUACGAAUUUCUUGGCGGAAGGUGGGUUUGGAAUUGUUCACAGGGGAGUCUUGAGGGAUGGUCAGGUGGUUGCGGUGAAGCAGUUGAAGUUUGCUGGCUCACAAGGAGAUGCUGAUUUCUGCAGAGAAGUGCGAGUUCUGAGCUGUGCACAGCAUAGGAAUGUUGUUUUGCUAGUUGGGUUUUGUAUUGAGGACAAGAACAGAAUUCUAGUUUAUGAGUACAUAUGCAAUGGCUCCUUGGACUUCCAUUUACAUGGGAACAAGAGGACACCACUAGAUUGGCACUCACGUCAAAAGAUAGCUAUUGGAACAGCAAGGGGUUUAAGAUACCUUCAUGAGGAUUGUAGAGUGGGUUGUAUAGUUCAUAGAGAUAUGCGGCCAAGUAACAUCCUUCUAACCCAUGAUUAUGAGCCUCUGGUGGCAGACUUCGGGCUUGCUAGGUUGCACACAGAAUGGGAUGCAUGUGAUGAACAAGUUGUUGGAACUUCAGGGUAUCUUGCACCAGAGUACUUCAGAGGUGGGAAAAUUACAGAGAAAGUUGAUAUAUAUGCAUUUGGAUUGGUAUUGUUAGAGCUGAUAACAGGCCAAAAAGCCAGCAACUUGCAUUGUGACAAGGGACGGCACAUCUUAGCUGAAAAUUCAUAUCUUUUACCUACACAAGAAUCUGGAUUUAUCUUAGGAAAGAACUAUCAGUUGAUAGGCUCAUGCUUAGCGGCUGACCGACUCCAGAACUUGCCCCACGAGCUGCAGGUGAUAAGCCAUGCUGCGUUCUUGUGUCUACAACAAAAUCCUGAGUUGAGACCCCCAAUGCCAAAGGUCCUGCGAAUACUAGAAGGAGGAUAUGGCGCUAUUCCUCUGGGUUUGGACUUGAACUCGUUGGGUAGCAGAAGCGGGCACAUGCGAGAUCUGCGUUUAAACACAGAUCUCGAGUCAGCAAGGCAUGCUCGGACGCUUUCCCAUUGAGAACCACAUGCUUAUCUAACUGGAUUCAUAUUCCUAGCUGGAGAGAAGACGGUGUGAAUGGAGUUUGCUUUUUGGGUUUUGGAGAAGACACCAUGGACGGCUAGAAUUCUUCUCAAUCAUAUAUAUGUGCCUUUUUUUAUUCCCACCCUCCCUAGCUACUCUUAUAAGUUGGUAGGUUCAUAUAUAUAUAUAUAUAUAUAUGCCAGUUUAAUUAAAUCCCUUGCUCAUAUACAAUUCAACAAUAUCAUUGAAGGAGAUUAGGAUUCAAACACAUAAAUAAAUUUAUGAGAAAAUUAAGUAGCAUGCACACAUAAAUAAAGAUCUACCUUAAUUCUAUUUUUAA